AUGUAUUUCUCACAGCUACAGGUCAAGAUCAAGGUGCAGGAAUGGCUGAGUUCAGGAAAAGGUGGCUUGUUACCAGCUUGUCCAAGAAGGUAUGAUGCUGCUCCCAUGUGCUCACAAGCCCUGAGCACCACAAAUGAUCACAUAUCUUCCCGAGCUUUGACCAAAACGCAAGGAGAAAAGACUGGCCUGCAGCAUCAGCUAGGUGGGAAUUGCCCAGACUUUGAACAGAAUACUACUUGGGUUCAGAUCCCGGCUCUGCCUCUUAACAGCUAUGUGAACCUGGACAAGAUACUUCACUUCCCUGUGCCUCGGUCAUGCCAUCUGUGA